AUGGCCGCCGCGGGCGCGUCUUCCAUCUCCGUCACCGUACGAGUCCGCCCUUUCACUAUCCGAGAGGCAGCCCAAGUCACGAGGAACGAUGACCAAACGCUGUUCCUCGGAGACGGUUCGCUGGCGGGCUUGCCAGCGCCGAAGCUCCACAAGGGCAUCCGGCCUGUCAUCAAGGUCAUGGACGAGAAGUGCCUAAUCUUCGACCCCCCAGAAGAUAACGCUGUUCAACGGUUUGGACGAUCAACAAUAGGACCCCAGGGCAAGCGAUCAAAGGACCAGACAUUCGCAUUCGACCGCGUCUUCGACGACACUACCUCCCAGGGCGACGUAUACGAAGCCACGACGAAGCCCCUGCUGGACAGUGUGCUGGAUGGAUACAAUGCGACUGUAUUUGCAUAUGGCGCCACAGGUUGCGGAAAGACACAUACUAUCACGGGAACGUCGCAGCAGCCCGGCAUUAUCUUUUUGACUAUGCAAGAACUGUUCGAGAAGAUCCAGGACAUACAAGAUGAAAAGGUCACCGAGAUCACGCUCUCCUAUCUGGAAAUCUACAACGAGACAAUUCGCGACUUGCUUGUAGAGGGCGGCAGUAAACAACCCCUGAUGCUCCGCGAGGAUGCCAACCAGGCUGUAUCUGUCGCUGGUCUUUCCAGCCACCGACCACAGAGCGUCCAAGAAGUCAUGGAUAUCAUUGUCCGCGGCAACGAGUACCGAACCAUGUCACCUACCGAAGCGAACGCUACCUCUUCCCGAUCCCACGCCGUACUUCAAAUCAACGUCUCCUCCAAGGACCGCAAUGCCUCGGUCAACGAACCCCACACAAUGGCUACCCUCAGCAUCAUCGACUUGGCAGGUAGUGAGCGCGCGAGCGCUACGAAGAACCGUGGAGAGCGUCUGACGGAGGGUGCCAACAUCAACAAAUCCCUACUCGCGCUGGGAAGCUGUAUCAACGCCCUGUGUGAUCCCCGAAAGCGAAACCACAUCCCGUACCGCAACUCGAAACUCACGCGAUUGCUCAAGUUCUCUCUUGGUGGAAACUGUAAAACUGUCAUGAUAGUCUGUGUUAGUCCGUCAAGCGCGCAUUUCGAUGAGACGCAGAACACCCUGCGGUACGCCAACCGAGCGAAGAACAUCCAGACCAAGGUCACCAAGAACGUAUACAAUGUCAACCGCCACGUAAAGGACUACCUUGUCAAGAUCGAUGAGCAGAGACACUUGAUUGAGGAGUUGAUGAAAAAGCAGAAGGAUUUCGAAGGAAGCGCCUUGGUCAAGUUUCAGAAGCAGAGCGAAAAGAAGGAUGGCAUCUUGCGAGACGCUGUGGUGCGCUUGCGCCAGGCUUAUGCAGACUCCGAGCCCGACCGUCGGGAUCGGCUGAAUAUGUCAAAGACCUUGAAGCUGGCCGAGAAGCGCAUCUCGAUGAUUUCGGCAUGGAUCGCAGCAUUCGAUAACGUGAAGGAUGUUCGCGAAAACGAGGAGAUGCCCGCCCAAGUCACAGCAAUGAGAGAUACUGCAGUCGGAAUAUCCGCAGAACUUGAACAAACGCGACAACAUUGCCAUAGGCGAUUGGAGCGUACCGUAUGGACGAGCAAAAUGGACACAGCGCUGCAUGUUGGACUGAAGGGUCUGGCGGAGGUGGACGGCAACGCUGACGGCCAUGAUGCUGCCAACCUGACAAGAGAAUACGAGCUCCUCAAAGCCAACGCGGAUCGCGAACAACUUAAUGCUCUGCUGGACAUGGAAAAAGGCGGCGAUGCUGCCAUCGUCCAGGUGUUGGUACAGGCACACAUCGAGACCGUCACAAUCCUAAGUCAGAUCACCCAAAUGGAUGAAGCCCAAGCAGUCGAAGCGGCGAGGAAGCUGCUUACGAAGAUUAUGAAUUCUUGUACGAACGCGACUUCGCAGGUUAUUCGGCCAGACGGUGGCCUGCCAGUCACGGAGUUCUUCGAGCCAAGCCACAGAGGCACACCAAAAAGGAGGAAGCCAGUGAACAUUAUGGAGCCGUCUCCCAUGCGACCAAUUGCUUUGCCAACACUGGCGGACGCGCCGCAUCUUACAUCCUCGCCAAUGAAGUCAUCACCACGCCGAAAAUUGAUGGCAGGAGCCAGAAAGAGCGUCCAGUUCUCGCCGAUGAAGAAGAAGAAGUCUCCGUCAAAGACGAAGCGGGGGGUGCGCUGGAGGGACGACACCGAGAAUGGUACACUUGCGGAAUUCCAGAAAACACCAGAACACCUAGCAGGAACACCAACACAUUCUUCCACCCCAGUGCCGGCACCGACUUACUCGACAGGCAUCCCCAUACCAAAAUACGAUGGAAGCGGUGGCUCUUCGCCUAUCCCUACACCACCAAAAGCCUCCGUAGAUUUGAAGGGCUCAUCGCGCUUUGCGGUCGGUGCGCUGUCUAAGCGUUCGGACGGAUCCCCCACAUCUCGUUCCAACAACGCAUAUGGCUCGGAUUCCGAUGGUGCGUCGCCUCUCCGCGACAUCUACAACAACGCUCGCACUUCCUCCUUGAGCAAUGUAGAGAACGCCUCGUCGGGCCCCGCGCAAGAAGGAGACAGCGGCCACUCCAGUUCAGAGGGAGAGAAAUGGACGCCAUCGGACGCCCGACAAAUCGGACACGCAAUCAAGCGUCGUUCUUCCACAAACGGGGGAUCUGUACCUGUGAACCGAGCGCAUCGUCGUCGUAGUCCGACAGCAGCGACUAUUGGUAGCCCGCCCAACGAGAACUCCCUUCUCUCCGCGGGUGCAGCACGUCGCAUGGUCAAGUCUGUCCACGAGGCUGACUGGAAGAACAGCGUACUCAGCCCACGGGUUACGCCUAUAAUGAAAAGCGCUGUAAGGCGCACUACCUUGGCGAACGUUGGUGACGAUCGACCUCGGGAAGCACCACCCAGCUUGAAUGCGCGAGCACCUGUACGGAUCACUAGUGGUUCUUCGUCCAGAGGUAGCCUCAUGCCUAAUUCUAAGAGCGUCUGGCGUUGA